AUGUUGAAUUCAAAUACUUUUUUUGCUUAUGUGCUUAUUAGCAAUGAAUUACGCAAUACUGGUAAUAUUAUCUUGCAUGAAGAAAUUGCUGGUGGACCAAAAAGUCUUGAUCGAUUACCUAUGAGCAUUGAUUCAUUAACAAUAUUAACACGUAUUCAACAACGAAAACAUUUAGCUCCUGAAGAAAAUAAUAAGAAUUCAGUUGUAUUUGAAAGUGAAAUACAUCGUUUGGCUACUUUUGAAGAUCAGAAACAAACUAUUUCAUUUUCUGUUGAAUAUGAACAAAAUAAUAUUGAGAAAAAACCAUCAUCUCAUCCAUAUGAACCAUUUUUAUUUGAUGAACAUGAUAAUAAUGGUAUGAAAACAUUCGGUACUACUUCAAUUAAUACAAAAAGUUUUAAUACAUCAGCAGAUACUAAACAACAGUAUUUCAUAGAAUCACAUCAAACAAAUCAAGAUAAUCAACAACGAAAAAAGAAAAAAAUGUCUCGAUCACCAGUUGAAUAUGGUAAACAUAAACAAAAACGAAAACGAAAAAAACAUAAACAUAAUAAAUCAACAUCAAACAUGUUUAUUAAUAAUAAUAAUUCAAAACAUUCGUUUCUUAAUAAUUUAUUUUUAUUACAUCAAAAUAAAAAACAAAAGACAAUGAUAUUCAUGAGAAAUCAUAAUCGAAAACAAAAAUAUAUUCAAUUACCAAAUACUAUCAAUGUCAAUAUAAUAACAAAAAAUUCGAAUACAACAACAAAAAUAUAUAGUAAUGAUGAUAUUGCCACACUUAAGAAUAGCACAAGCCUUCAGGAUAAUCUUUUCAUACAAUCAAACGAAGAUUUAUCAUCAUUUGAUGAGCUAAAACAUCGAAAUUUAUUGAACUCUUUUGAAGAACAACAAUUACAAAUUAAUGAUUCACCUUCAACCAUCAAUAUGAUUAUUGAUUCAACAUCAUUGAAAUCAGUGCAGGAUAAUAUCGAAAGACAAAGUUCACUAAAUAAUAGAGAUCACGAUAGGGGUUUAGACGAAAAGGAAAAAGGCCACAGCGAACAAACAUCAAAAUUAAAUGAUAGAGACGAAUCAACAGAACAUCAACAAUUUCAAGACGACGGUUUUCAAGACAAAGAAGAAACAGAUGAUGAUGAUGAUGUUAGCUUUGACGAUAGUGAAACAAGUUCUGAUACAGAACGGUAUUUACACUCACUCUAUGGAUCUUUAUCUUCUGCUAUGAAACAAAUUUAUGAAGUGUACAAAUCGAAAUCAUCUCGACUUAGAUCAUCAUUGGAUUUAGCACAUAUCUUUAUAAACUUUCUUCAUAUACGAAAAGAUAUUGCAUACGAAAUUGCUUCGACCAUUAUUGAUGCACGACAACGUCUAAUUCAACUUAAUCCAACAGAAAAAUCUUCAUCUACUACAAAUAUCGAUGAAAAUUUCAUAUCAGAUAUACAUAUAAAUGACGAAAACGAUAAUGAUGAUACAUCGAUUAGUUCAGGUAUUGUUACUGCUGAAGAUAGUGAUACAAUAGUAAACGAAAAUAAUAAGACAUCAAAAAGUAUUAGUAAUAAUUCUGAUAGUGACAGAAGAAAAACAUAUUAUGUAAAUAAGAAUAAGAUUUUUUCCUUAUCGCAUUCACAACGUAUUAUGAAUCGUAUAACAACUUAUUUAUCAGAAGUUGAUUGGAGAGUAUUCAAUUACAUUACAAAACAUUUCUUACAAAAUGGUACUAUGAUUACUAGUCAUGCAUUAGAAUUUUCAUCGGCAUUAUUGAUAGAUCUUAUUGAAGAUAGUGUUUAUGAGAUAUAUUUUCAUUCGAAAUGGCGUACUGAUUCUAAUGUUCAUUUGAAUGAUAAAAAAGAAAUAAAUUAUAUUGAAAAUAUACUUAUUGAAGAAUUCUUCAAGAAAUCUAUUUAUUAUUUAUUCAAUCGUCUUCAAAGAAUUAAUUUACCAUUGUUGGAAAGUAUUACUCUAAUACAUACUUUAAAAAAAUGUAUGAAUACAAAUAUUCUACAAGAAUUUAUCUCAUUCGAAUGUCAUACAGUUCCAUUAGAUCUUGAUCCUUGUAUUUGGUUUUCUAGUAAUAUUCUUAUCAAAACUAUUUGUUCGUUAACUGAUAAUAUUUUAAAACAAAUGAAUUAUGAUUAUUUAUCUGAUUAUACAAAAUUCGAAUAUGUUUUAGUAUCUUAUUUUCGUCAAAUUGAAAUUGUUCACAAUCUACAAGAUAUUAUUGAAAUGUAUCAACAUAAAAUGACAUCAAAAUCGUCACAUACAAUUUCUAAUAGCAACUAUCUUUUGCAUGUAAUUGAUUUAAAUCAAGCACCUAAAUUUUUUUCUCAUCAAGCUUUUAAACGAUUUAAAUUCGGUAAACAAAGUCAACAAAACAGUGAUAUUGAAACACUUAAAGAUUUGGUUUUACUUGAUAUUGAAAAACGUGUAAAGCUUUUUUCUUAUUCCAUAACGAAGGAACAUUUCCAACUGAUCAAUUAG